AGGUGUGAAGCCGUCCGUGUGCUGACUCAGUUACAGCCACCGUCCAACCCAUCCUCUCUCUUCUUCCCCCCUCUUCCCCUCCAUUUCUCGUUUCUCUCCUCUCCCACCAAACCCAACCAGACAAAUUCUCCAAAAUUUCCAGAUCAAACCCUCGAAUCCUCCGAACCCUCGAGAGUCUGCCCGGAUUUCCCCUCCGACGCGCCGCGAUCCGGCUUGAUCCGCAUGGAGCGCGUCUUCUCCGUGGAGGAGAUCCCCAACCCCUACUGGACCCCGACGCAGCCUCAAGCGGCGGCAGCCGGCGCUGUCGCUGCGCCAGGUGGCGGUGGCGGAGGAGGAGGAGCGGGGGGAGCGGGGGACGAGGUGGGCGCGAUGAACCGGUGCUCGUCCGAGUGGUACUUCCAGAAGUUCCUGGAGGAGGCCGUGCUCGAUAGCCCGGGGCCCGUCCCGGGCGUGGGGAGGGGCGGCGGUGGAGUUGGAGUUGGAGUUGAGGCGGCGGAGAGCAAGCCUCUGGGGGUCGGGGCGGCCUCGAACGCGGUUGUUGACCCGGUGGAGUAUAACGCGAUGCUGAAGCAGAAGCUGGAGAAGGACCUCGCUGCUGUCGCCAUGUGGAGGGACUGGGGAAAUGUCGAAUUCAUGGAGAAUCCAUGCUCUUGUGGCAUUAGGUGGUUGUGCAUUGGUUGAGUACGUGAGCAGUAUCAGCUUGAUUUGUCUCCUAUACGUUCUUGUCGUUUCCUUGGCAUCUGGUGCGACGCCUCCAGAACGUCCUGCGGCUGGCUCAUCCUUGCCAAACGUUGAUGUUUCUCAUGCAGGCCCUGUUAAUCCCAUUGGAGGUAAUGUGAUUCCAGUUCAAAACAAGCUAGCUGGUGCUCCAGGUGGGCCAUCAGGUCCACAGGUGGUACAAAAUGCCGAUAUGCUUGUUAAGCAAGCCACUAGCUCUUCAUCACGAGAGCAAUCAGAUGAUGAUGACAUGGAAGGAGAAGCUGAGACUACUGGAAAUGCAAACCCUGUUCAACAAAGACUGCAGAGAAGGAAGCAAUCCAACCGAGAAUCAGCCAGGCGUUCGAGAAGCAGAAAGGCAGCUCACUUGAAUGAACUUGAGGCACAGGUAGCACAGUUAAGAGUUGAAAACUCAUCGCUGUUAAGGCGCCUUGCGGAUGUUAAUCAGAAGUUCAAUGAGGCUGCUGUUGACAAUAGGGUGCUAAAGGCAGACGUUGAAACCUUAAGAGCAAAGGUGAAGAUGGCAGAGGACUCAGUGAAGCGGGUGACAGGCAUGAACGCGUUAUUCCCUCCCGUGUCUGAUAUGUCAUCUCUCAGCAUGCCAUUCAACGGCUCCCCAUCUGACUCCACCUCCGACGCUGCUGUCCCCGUCCAAGAUGACCCGAGCAGUUAUUUUGCCAGCCCAAGUGAAAUGGGGGGGAACGGUGGUUAUAUGCCAGAGAUAGCUUCGUCGGCUCAAGAGGACGACGAUUUGGUUAAUGCGGCCCUGGCUGCUGGCAAGAUGGGCAGAACAGCCUCGCUGCAGCGGGUGGAGAGCCUGGAGCACCUCCAGAAGAGGAUGUGCGGAGGGCCAGCUUCAUCCGGGUCAACCUCCUAGACGUAUGAUCUGUUGGAAGGCCCUGAGGGGAAGAAUGAUAAAUUGACAAUUCUACAUACAUUUUAGUGGACAUUGCUAAUCUUGCGAUGCGGAUUUGUUCGUUGUGGACAUAUAUGGUCAACCGGUCAUUGACUUAUCGUGCGUUCUUUAGAGUA